AUGCUUCCAUUUAGUUGUGUAUGUUCUAACGUAUCAAUUCAAUUAACACUAAAACAAAUACAAAUACCUCCAUUAAAAUGGAUUAAUCCAAUAACAGGAACAGGUAAAAUAACUAUCAAAUAUACAUCACUUACUCAUACUACUCAAAUUGGUAAAUGGUCAUGUGUUAGAUGUAAUUCAUGUGGUACUGAUUGUUGUUUACUUUGCGAUGGAGAAAUUAUUAUAAACCCUUCACUUAAAGAUGUUAUUAGAUUAAGAGAAAAAUUAACAUAUUCUCAUACUUUUGGUAUUUAUGUUGACCUUCAACUAAUUAAAAGUAGACCAACAACAUGUCAAAAUUCAUACGUUGGUUCAUUAAGUAUUGGAUCAGUUAGAGAUCCAAUUGAAAAAGAACUUAUUACCAUCAAACAAAAACGAGUUGAACAACUAUUCCAAGAAAAAGAAAGAAAAAUAAGAGAAUUUGUAAUGGAACAAGAAGAAGCAUAUGAAGCUGAACGGCUGUUAAUUUCUAAUGAACUUGAUGCUAUUAAAACUAAAUUAGAAAAUGUCCAAGAUGAAAUACCAAAAAUAACAAUCACUCCAGUUAAAAUCCCAAAAACGAAAUCGGGUAGUGGAAUCUUUGAUAUGGAUGAAGAUUUUGAUGUGGAUGAAGACAUUGAUAACUCUACCCAAAUAACUGAUUCUUCAACACAAAACCAAAUCGACCAAAAACAGACUCAUCAAAUUUUUAAUACUAUUUCAUCUCCAACAGAUUCUGAUGGAGACCAAUCACCUUCUGAUGUUUUUACUUCUAAUGCUCAAAAUAUUAAAAGAAGUAAACCAAUGAAACUCAAAGAUGAUUUUCCUUCUACUUUCAAAGAAUAUACGAUAAGUUCAAUGACUAACACAGAUGAGUUACCUGUAUCAAGUUCUUUUGUGGGAAAGUACCAGUUUUAA